GGGAGAAAGGAAGGGCGACCCCAGACAACUUCCUUAUUAACUCACUAUUAUUUGUUAAUCACUUCACCCACAGUUACCGUCGUCAGGUACUAAACGAUACACUGGCACGUGAAUGAAUGAGGAGGUGCGCCACUGUCAAGGAGUGAGGGAACAGCUGGUCUAACAACUCACAGAUUGGCGAAUUAGCUGACAGUAAAUGAUGACUGGAAUAUUAGAGCGAGUGUUCCCCUUGGAGUCGAGCUUGAGUGUGAUGGACCACCACUGCCUCAGUCACUUCUCUCCCGUCCCCACAACAUGUAUCAUAGGUCCACCUCACUCCAUGAAGAGUGCAAUACUUAUGCAGGCAGCAGUGACGGAGACUGUUGAAGGAGGUUGCGUGUUGUAUGUGACCCCAAAUGAGUUUAGUUGUCCCCCUCCAAGUGUUCAUGGGAUGUAUCAAUCAUCACCAGACCUUAUGAAUGAGAUUAACUUCCUAUACACAAGUGAGACAUCUAGGCUGGAACGGUGCCUGGCAAAUCUUCAUUUUCUUCCUGAGAUAGAAAGACCCACAUUCAUUAUCAUUGAUGACCUACAAUUUUAUACUGCACCUCAAGAUAUUGGAGACACAACAACACAGAAGGUCAACGCUGCUAGAGUCAUCUCCUUGGCACAGGAGUAUGCCGAGUUCUACACCAAUACAAGGACCCGGGAUACACACUCUGACGCAGAGAUUGACUUGUUUCAUCAGUGUAGUGUCCUUGUUUCUUGGACAAAACGUACCUCAGAUGCCAUGAAGCUCAAUGAAGUGGAAAUAUUUGCUAAAGAUUUUUGUCACCAUGUUUGGACCGUACAUGUGGACAAGGCUCACAAGAGCAACAUGAAGGGUUAUGAUCUGGUGUCAGAAUGGACAGAACAAACCUGCACCAUCUCCUUCAGUGCUUCUCACCCUUCUGCAGCAGAGCCAUACAUCCUCUUGCAUGAAGUAUAUUUAGAAACUGAUGAAAUGGAAGAGGAAACAACCCAAGCAAAAGUGAUGGAAGGGGAAGCAACUCAAGAAAGAGUGAUGGAAGGGGAAGCAGCCCAAGAAAAUGUGAUGGAAGGGGAAACAGCCCAAGAACAUGCGAUGGAAGGGGAAGCAGCCCAAGAAAAUGUGAUGGAAGGGGAAGCAGCCCAAGAAAAUGUGAUGGAAGGGGAAGCAGCCCAAACAAAUGUAAUGGAAGAGGAAGCAAUACAAGAAAAUGUAAUGGAAGGGGCAGGGCUGUCCCUAGGAGGGUGUGGGGCCCGGGGCAACUCAGCCACUGCGGGGCCCCAAAAUGGUAAGGUCACGGUUGCGAUGGUGGAGUAUAGCCGUCAGAUCAGAUUUACCAGCCAACAGGUAAUGUGUCCGAGGUCACCGGGACUAGUGCUGGGCCCCCCACACGUGCGGAGCCCCAGGUGGACGCCCCUGUUCGCCCCCCGUAAAGGACGGGCCCGGGAAGGGGAAGCAGCCCAAGAAAAUGUGAUGAAUGGGGAAGCAGCCCAAGAAAAAGUGAUGGAAGGGGAAGCAGCCCAAGAAAAAGUGAUGGAAGGGGAAGCAAUACAAGAAAAAGUGAUGGAAGGGGAAGCAAUACAAGAAAAUGUAAUGGAAGGGGAAGCAAUACAAGAAAAUGUAAUAGAAGGGGAAGCAAUACAAGAAAAUAUAAUGGAAGGGGAAGCAGUCCAAAAAAAAGUGAUGGAAGGGGAAGCAGUCCAAGAAAAGGUGAUGGAAGGGGAAGCAAUACAAGAAAAAGUGAUGGAAGGGGAAGCAAUACAAGAAAAAGUGAUGGAAGGGGAAGCAAUACAAGAAAAAGUGAUGGAAGGGGAAGCAAUACAAGAAAAAGUGAUGGAAGGGGAAGCAGCCCACGAAAGAGACUUGUUGGAAGGGAAAACAGCCCAAGAAAGUGCGAUGGAAGGAAAAGCAACCCAAAGCGAGGAUUGCAGCAAAACUAAUACUGAAGAUCCUCCUCAAGGAACUUCACACUAAAGUAAAUGAACUAAUGUGUGAAGGUGCAAUCUGGGAGGAUGUAUCUUAAGAACAUUGUGGAGACUGCCUGCCGCUCAGUCCAUGUAUUGGAGUAGUGGGCACGGAGGAACUGUCUGCCAGUCAGCCCACUUACAGAUAGUUGUUUUAGCUACUGUACAGUAACAUUCUUCUAUGUUGACACUAUCACACUGGUCAGAAUGCAGGCUUAAAUCAAACACAGUUGUCCUUGCUGACUGGGAAGCAAAUCUAUUUUGUUCUAAUAUUCUGUGGUAUACAUUAUGAACAUAAUCAAUGUGCUUUUAGGAUGAUAAUGAUAUCGGCUUUUCUAAGGAAUACCGAAAGUAUAUUAUAUAAAAAUAAAUGUAAUGAAAUACAUCAUUUAUAAAUUAAAUAAUCAACUAUUAUUACACGUACAGUGAGAGAAUUAAGUAUCUUCCCAGGAUUUUGACAAAUACAUCACAGAACGGUCGAGCCAUUUGACAAAUGCACUUGUGGUGCCCAUAAGCAUUUGGCAGGCCUGUGGUCAGGUUUCAUCUAACUCUGGUCAAAGCGGGGAGGAUAUUUAAUUCUCUCGUUGUACACUCGCUCCAAAAAGUAUCUUUACGGAGACGUGAAUUUCAAAAUGAACACCACGACUCCCGUUGUCUUGGUAGGGUUAUCAAAAUCCUUCAUAUUGUCUUAUACAAAAUCGUAAUGAUACUUUUUGGAGAGAAUGUACCUUCUGACUUCUCCCAAAUACGGUAUGAAAUAUUCUGAGAGCCAUGUACAGUACAGUAUUUUUUUGUAUAAUAAAGGAUAACUUUUCUAGCAAACUGUUUGACAUUUCUGAUCUACAGACAAUGUUAUGGUGACCAUCGUCUUAAACAUAAUACAGGUAUCCCUCAAGAUACGAAUGGGUUAGGUUCCAAAAACAAACAUUCAUUAGGUGAAUUUAUAUAUUGCAAAUUGAUACGCAUAUGAGAAAAAUAGGGUUUGGUUCCCUAAUGACAAAAAUGCCCCAAAACACAAAAUAGGUUCACAAACAGAACAAAACCCAUUUAACUAAUGAUAAAUAGUACACAACUACUCUAAUUUACUACCUAACACAUGAAAAAAAUUACUGUCUAACCUUGGUGCAGUCUGGGAGGGCAGUCUGGGCUCACCACUACAAGGGUUGUCCACCUCAUCACAGCUGUCUGCUAAGGACACCACAGCAUGCUUGUAAAUUGUGGUCACAGUAGAAAUGGCCAGACCAAGAUCUUUCCCAAUCUUGGUAGGACCAUCACCGUUUUCAUGACACUUAAUUACUUCCAGCUUUGUCUCAAGCCACAGCCUUCCAUGGUUUCUUCAGUGUAAUACAGAAGUAGCUGAAGAGUUGGCAGAAUGCUUGGAUGGCACGAAUACACAUGGAUAAAGAGAUAUCACUUCACACACACACACACAACAAAUGGCGUGUGAAAGGACGCGAGCUUGUGGGAGGUGCAGUAGGGGUGAGGGGAUGAUCAGUGAAUGAGAAUACAUCUGUGCAUCUCUUCCCCCAGAUGGCCCCAAAUUCGUGUGAGGGAAGCUUUCUCAUCUCAAAAUAGCCGUGUCAAUUUAUGAAAUAUGUAUAAGUGAUUUUUUUUAUCGAGAGAUACCUGUACUUAACACUUUAGCCAAGAAUAAAAACACGUUAAUACCUGAACUGUGUCAUACUGAAAAAACAAAUUUAUAUCUAUGAUGUUUGGUAUAUUUCUUUCAGUUAUGUACCGGGUACUAAUUCCCACCAACAGAUGACUUCAUUAAUGGUAAGUUAGCCCAGAGCUGUUCAUUAUGACAACCUAGAUUUCACUGCUUUACUGUACAAAAUAAAGUUAGCUUGGUUAUGCUACAGUACAAAGGAGUUGAUCAUCCAUAGAAUAAAAACUUCCCUAAUUCCCAUACAGUACAGUAUGUCUUUUACAUUCACUAAAAUAAAGAAAAAAUAAACAUGAAACAAAA